CAACCAGGGAACACAAUAAGACUGUACAAGGCUGUAAGGACUAAGGAGUCCUUAGGGCCUUAAUAAGGACUAAGGAGGGGAGAGAGAGAGAGAGAGAGAGAGGUUUUUAAGUUGAAUGCAAGGAAGGCUGGAAGGGGGCUGGAGAGUGAGAGGUAAAGAGAGAUCAGUCUCAAAGUGAGGGCCCUUUUGAAUUCAGAUAUUGUAACUAGUAAGAGACUUAGUGAGAGGAACCGUGUGGAUUUUGGCUGCCUUUCCUUUUGCUUCUACAGUGAACCCAUAUCUCUUUCUCGAUCCCUGUAGUUUUAAAUGCUCGAUUUCCUCGAAGUCCUAUACGAGACUACAGAACCCCAUUGAGAGGAAACUCUCCAUUGUUUCUUGCCCUCAAAAAACAAACCCCACUGAAGAAAAGCGAGGGGAGAUUAAAAUUUGGAAAGGGCUUAAAGAUCUCUGCUUUCUGGUUCUCUGAUCAACAUUUAACUAGUUUGCACCUCUCCGAAGAGGAUUCAGAGGGAAAAAUCCCUGUUGGUUCUUACGUUUUCCAGUAAAAAAAUCCAAUCUUUUUCUAAAUCUCUAGUACGUUUACCUUUGUUUUUUAAGUUUUUUAUAAAUCCAAUCAGUUCGGGCUUCUUUUGAGCUUCUCUGGUUUAAUGGAGAAGAUGAGAUUACAGCAACACAUACAACCAAUCAUGUAUCAGAGCAACGGUGAUGAAAUUUUCAAUGGGUUCUCAGGGAUAAACUCUUUCUCCCCAUCUCGUCCAUCAUCCUCUUCUCUCCCUCCUUAUUUUUGUGUCUCUGGUUCUCCAACAGGGAGUGAGGGUAAGAGUUCUGAGUUGGCUUUUGAAGCUUUGAGGUCUGCAUUGAAGAACAAGAAUGGACUGGAUUUGAAUCAGGAUAACGAGAAUAGGCAAUUUAAGCUCUGUGGUAGAGGCCAUUGGAAACCCGUUGAAGAUGCCAAGCUUAAAGAGCUUGUCAAUCAAUACGGUCCUCAGAACUGGAAUUUGAUUGCUGGGAAGCUUGAAGGAAGAUCAGGGAAAAGUUGCAGAUUGAGAUGGUUUAACCAGUUAGAUCCUAGGAUUAACAGGAGAGCUUUCAGUGAGGUAGAAGAAGAGAGGCUUUUAGCUGCUCACAGAUUAUAUGGUAACAAGUGGGCGAUGAUAGCUAGGCUCUUCCCUGGAAGGACUGAUAAUGCUGUCAAGAACCAUUGGCAUGUGAUCAUGGCUAGGAAACAUAGAGAGAGAUCUUGUGUUUACAGAAGGAAGCCUUCAUCAUCUUCUCAGGAAAGCCAUAAGAGGGCUGAAAUGACCCAACAGAUCAAUGCAUGCAGUGAUUCAACCAUUACAAGCAACAGGGAUGAAUCACCCUCAACUUGCACAGAUCUCUCCCUCAUUAGUUACUCUUCAAAAACAGUUCUUCCUUCUUUCUUGGCCAGGUUCAGCCCACCCCAAAACAGUCGAUUCCAAAUGGGCCUAUCUCAAGAGAGGGUGGGGACUUGGAGACAUAGCAGUUUUGAGAAGGUUGGUGGUGGUGGUAGUAGCUUCUGCUGUGAAGAACCCAUGGUGAUGGAUCAAUCUGGCUUUUCAGAUUCAAACUCUGAAGUCUCAUGGACUGAAUCACUGGGCAACAAUAAUAGUACAAAUCACUAUAUGUACGGAGAGGAGAUGGAUAAUGCCAAUGAGAAGAUCAACUUGCAUUUCUUUGAUUUCCUAGGAGUGGGAGCCACUUAAAGUGGAUUUCAAGGGCAAGAGAUCAGCAAAUCGACAGGAACAGCAUUUUGUGUUUUGGGAGAUGUUUGUGGGAUGGGAAGAGUCUUUGCAUAUUUUGAAGCUUUCAUCCUCCAAUGAGGACUGAGCAGGAAAAGGAAAAAAGGAUUGGGAAAAGGGAGAAGGGAAAUGGGAAAAGGGGGAGGUUAUUUUCCUGUUAAUGUACAGUUGUUGGUUUAAAAGGGAGAAAAAGAAAGAAAGAAAACAAGGUAGUGAAAAGGAUUGAAAGAUGGAGGUGAAAAGAUAUGAUCAUGUAGUGGAAAGGAAAGAAAAACAAAAAGAAGCCAUGAGUAGUAGUUGUUACCUUUCAAUAAUUCAAAGACACUUGUUUGGACU